CAGCAGGUGGGAGCUUCCUAAGCCAGACAAAGGAGACCUGACAAGAAACUGUGGUGAAGGGACGAGCCCAAGGCAAAGGAAUGUCCGGUCACCUCCUCCCCUGGAGCAGGCAGCUGAGAUCUGCAUAGACAGGAGACAUUUUGCAAGACUCAACACCUGGAGCAGUGCUAACCAGGCAAGGACGGGGCUCUGUUGUAUCAAGAUGUUGAUCUCUCUCUCUCUCUCUUUCUCUCCCUUUCUCUGUUUGUGCGUUUGUGUAGUCCUGUUGCAUUUGGUAAGGCAAGUGAGGAACUGGCAAGCGGGGCAGAAAGGAGCAGCAGCAGCUGUGAGGAUCGGUGUUGCUUUUUUUCUUUAAAUGUUAAAGAAAGGAAAAGCGCUUUAGAGAGCUUUUUUGGGGGCUGGGGUUAUUUGCUGUUUGGAGUAUGGAGCUCUUUAAGACAGCUGUGAGGGAGAGGUCUCAGCUGUGCGUAUAGCUCAGUUUACUUGGGCUCUCCUUACCUUUCCUGGGUCUGCAGCCGCCUGCUGCAGAGCAUCCAGCCCUGUGGGAGAGGGAUGUGGGGAUCGAGUUGCCAUAGGAUUCACUGGUGCAUGGUGCUUCCCUCCUUGUAAAAAUAAAUCCCACAGUGUGUCUGGAUCAGGACUGGAGUGAGCCAGGUGCGCAUCUGUGCCAGCAGGGCAGACUGGGGAGUGCUACAGCUCCUGCAUGCAGCUUUGCUGCAGCUGAUUAAUGCUGCAGGGGGGAGGGAGGAAGUUCUCCAGGGGGAACUGAACCUCCCAGGUGAAGGAAUCUCAGCCAGACGCAGCUUUAAUGGGGAUAUGGAAGCAGAAUAAGAGAUUGAAGUAACUGGGGUUGUAGCUGCCUGUCCUGCCAGCUUGUCCCUGUUCCACCUUUCCCUUCCCUGCUCCAGCUCCCUGCCAUUGGCUUUGUGAGCAUCCUGCAUGUACUGCCUGGCAUGAGGGCUCAGCCUCACUCACCAGGGCAGCUGUGCCAAACCCUGCUGCAGAGGAGAGCAGGAUGGGCUGCGGUGAGGCUCUGCCAGGGCCCUCAGGAACUAUGGAGGUCGGUCCCUGCCUGGCUUAGUGCCCCUCUGUGAUGUGUGGGGUGAAAAACCUGGAAAGAAAUCAUCCCUGAGCUGGUGCUGUGGCUCAGGAAGUUUUGGAAGUCUCCAGUAGCCUGGCUGCUGUUAUUCAGUGGUUUGAGCUACAGCUCUAAGGACGUCUUGAAGGGCCAGGAUCCAGAGGACCGGCUCCUUGCAGCUUCGUUCCUUGGCUUCCUUAAAUAACUCCCUCUCUGCUCUGUGCCUCAAUUUCCCCAUCUGUGAAAUGGAGGUAAUUUGAUGCCCUCCGUAUCAAAGCAUUCUGACAUUUACUGAAGGAAAUAGCUGUACAGGCAAAGGAACAAUCAUUUCCUGGAAUACACUGGGGUCUUUUAGAGUAUUUUCUCUGCACUGCCCUGAUAUUAGAUAGAUACGAUCCUCCUCUGCAGCAAAUUGCUAUAGCCCAGUUGAACUCAAUUGAGCUGUGCUGGUUUGUGCUGCAGAUAAUCUUUAAAGUCUUUUCCAACAUAAGCCAGUCUACGAUUAGGAGAAAUAACUGGUAGAAAAGAUGCACGGACAACAAACUUUGUAUCUCCAGGGCUCACUGCCUCAGGUAGAACAUCAUUUGCUGAGCUUUCCUGCUCCAGGUGGGCAGCCCUGAUGUCGGCCAAACUCUACGUGCUCAUCAGCUGGCCUGAUGGCAGCCGUGUCAUCAGCAUGGAGAACAUCAAGGAGCCCCGCAAGCCCUUCCAUCUCUAUGCUGUGGGUGAGCAGGUGCUGGCCCGCUGCCCCGGCUUCAGUGGGCUCUACUGGGGCAUUGUGGAAGGCAUAAGUGAGCAUAAAGAUGCGUUGGAGAAGAAGCUGCUGGAAGAUAGACAACUCCUGGAGAAGUUAAAAGAUGAACCAGCUGCCCACAGUGUGAUGCCACCCCAGCCAAAAAAAUCCAGGAAAACCUUCCCAAAAUGGACCCCAGUGAAUGCAUGCAGGAAAUACCACACUGACAGGACUUACUCUGGGAAGCCACUGCUGCAGGCAGCUGAGCCCAGCCUGCCCUGCAGUGCUGGCAGCCCCUCCAUCACCAAGGAGAGAUGUACCCUGGGGCCACCCCAUCUUACCAGCACCUUCCCCCCUCCAGCCACUUUUGUCAGCCUGGCUGUGCCAGGGACUUCCCAGGGUGAGGAAGACAGAGCUGACACCACUACCAAAGACUACGUUGCCCUGGCAAUGAAGAGGAAGUCAGAUGGCAUCUUGUCCCACUGCCAGCAGCACAUCUGUCUGAACAGCUAUGAAGAAGGAAAGCUGGACACUUUGCAGGAGAUGGAUGGCUUCGAGAGAGUUCAGAAAAAAAUUGCUCCCAGUGAAAUGGAAAGAGAGAAGAUAGAUCAGCUGGAAAGGAUGGUCUUAGACCUCCAGCAGGACGUCCUCUCUCUGAAGAAGAAGGUACAGAGGCUGGAAUCCCUGUCCUUUCAGGAGGAGCCCCACCGGCAGCCCUGCGAGGUGGUAGAGCUCUUCAAUGGUUACACCAAGGAACAGCUCCGAGAAGCAAUCCGCUUCGACCAGAAGAUCAGCACUGCCUGCAAGACGCUGCUCUACAAGCUCUUCACUUCCGACUACAUCCAGAGCCACUCCAUCACGGGGCGCAGAGGCAACACUUUCCGAGAGGCAAAACCCAUGAUGGAUGAGCGCUGCAUCAAAAUCAUCAGGGUGCUGCUGAAACAGAAGUUUGGGGACCACCUCAGUGACACGGUGAUCACAGAGAAGAUACAAAACGUGCAGAAAGCUCUGAGGCAGAAGUUUAAGACAGAAUGUCUCUGACACGGGGGUGAUUUGGUGUCUCUGGUCCUACUCUUCUCAUUGAUGCGCCUGAGCAUCCCUCCCAGAAAUAUCGUGUCUGCGUUGCUGCUGCUUGGCUGAUUCCUCCCGAGGCACUGAAGAUGAUACAAACCUUUCACAAUCGUCUACCUGCAUUAAUCAGAGGGAAGUUUGCUCAGCUUGGCCCCAGGUUUGCACAUCUGCCAGCAUUUUACCAGUUCCUUCCACUCCAGUCUGUGUGCCAACCUCAACUCAUAGCUGGGUGUUGAUUCCUGGGUCUUCUUGAUGGACACACUCAAAAGAUGGAAAUUUCCCAUUGGAUCCAAGCGUGGGUUGGUGAGCCAGCCUUGUUCUACUUUGCAGUGGCCAGGGAGGGAGAUUGGUGAUGGGACAGGAGCCGCAGCCCCAAGAAAGCAGCAGCUCCAUUUGCACAAGGACUUGGUAGCACCCAACGUGGCUUCUCCCUGCAUGGCACAGCAGUCCUCUCAUCCUGUGGACAGCACCUGCUCCCUUUUUGAAUGCAUACUGCAGCUUCUCAUGGUAACAGAAGGGCAGGCUCAUUAACACAAUGCCAUAAAACCUUCAGAGAAGGAUUAUUUCUUUUUUUUUUUUUCCCCUCUGCUUUAAUGUGGCUGUCUGGAAGAAGUGUCUGCACUAACGAAGUCUGUUGAACAAGAGAAAGUCUCUUAUGGAAGUUUCAUUGCAUUGAUUUUCCUUUUAAAACUAGAUUAUCUCCAUGGAGAAAUCCUGCAUGUUUCUGUGAAUGGGGGCAAGCAAUGGGGGCAAAAAUUGGCCAACUGCGGGUACACCUUUCCUUCAAAGAUCAGACACAUGGUGAUGCAGCCAUUAUAAUUUAAGUACACUGUUUCUAUCCUAACCAAGAAAUGCCAGGUAGAAUCAGCUGUUUUUUUUGUUUUUUUUUUCCUAUGUGAGAGGCUGUGAGAAAGGACUAGGAAAAAAACUUUUUUUUUUUUUCCUGAAUAAAUUAGAAUUGAGGUCUGGGUGCAUUAAAAGUGUUUUUAACAUUAAAAGAAUAACAUUCUGGCACUAAUCCACCUGACAGAAAUGCUGCAAAUUACCAAACAUUUCCUUUGAAAGAAGCUUCUCAGACAUGAAUUAUUUCUUAAUUUUGAAAUUAUUCAGACAAAGAAAUGUCAGUUGCUUUGAGUUAAAAUGUUUGGUUUAAUUUAUGUAUUUUUCUCUGUUUCCAGUAUUUAAUAUCUUCACGGCCACACAAGAGAUAAUAAUGCAAACUAAAUGUACUGAAAAUAGGGAGAAAAAAAAAGUGUUAUUUUCUGGAUUUUCCCCCUUGCCUCCCUUUUUCUAAUUCAACAAUAAAAUCACUAAGGAAAUACCCUGAGCCGUUUUGCUUUUGGUGGCAAAGAUGUUUGCCUACAAUUUUGGUGCUACUUUCAUUACACGUGUUUAACAGCAUUGGUGGAAUCAAUAACUGAUUAUAUUCCUUUUGUUUCUCCUUCCUCUCAACCAUGUGAAGGUGUCAGGGGUGCUUUCUUGUUAGCAUGGACCUUGAUGUGAGCAGCAGCUGAACCCAAUCACCUGUCAGUGCUGCACCUGGAGCCAUGUGUACCUCUGGUUUAUAAUGAGCAAAAUUGCCCCAAACAGCCCUUAAAAUGUGGCUGCCAUUCCAGCAGUGUGUUACUGAGGACCUCAGGUUGGCCUUACUGCCCAGGCGAGCAGCCCAGGAGAUGCUUUGAGUGUUGGCUUACCAAAGGGAGGACCGAGGAGGCACAGGUAGCCUGAUUUAAUGCACUUUGGCACCAGCCCCUGGGGCUUUGAGCAUCUCCAGAUUCCAGCUCCCCCAGCAGCAGGAUGCAAUGGUGAGGAUGCUGUUUCAGACUUUCCAAGCCCUGGGUGCUCCUUCUGCCUUCGUCCAACCUCCUGGUGUUUUACCACAUCCCUCGCCAAGCUGCAGCCUGGAAAGCCAGCUCACUAAUGUUAUUUAGUAAAAUAUUAAAACACCGUAUUACUUUCCUCCUGGCUGAGCUGCUGAUCGUUACCAUGAAAGGAGGUAAAAAUCAAACAGCAGGGAAGACUGACUGCAGGUACUGAUGGCUCCUGAAACAAGAUGUCUCUAAUUAGCUCCUCUGGAAGCAGCUGAGCCCGGGAACCUUUCUGUCAAGAACCCCAGAAGCCCCCCAAAAUCAGGGCUGGAGAUAGGGGCUGCUGGCUGCUGCCCAGAUCCACGUACAGCAGCCUCUGCACUAAUGAGACCAUGUUCAAAUGGGCUCUUCCAGGCGGUGAACUUUGUCCUCAGGCACUGCUGAAGGCUUUGAUAUGGCAGAGGGGGCUGAAGAAAGGCAACGCAGGGGGCUUUUCGUUAAACUUCAUUUGUGAGGUAUUUGUGGAGGGGAGACAGUGGCUGCAGGCUAAUUGGGAGCACUCAGUCACUGACAAUCAAGCACCUCCACGAGGAAACCAGUGCUCUCCUCUUCUGAACUCCAGCUCGAGCUAAUCAGCCUCAGGAGGGGAGAUCACAG